AUGAAGAGACAAUACCUUCCGAUAGAGGCACUUCCGGCAUGGGCAAAACUCAACAGUGUUACUUUCCAUGGGGUUGAGAUCAAACGGCUGCCAUAUGGGGAGGGAAUUGACAAAGGUUCCGCCGUCCUUGCGAUUGGUCCCGGUGAAAUCCAGGAAUCCAUACUAGAUGAGCCAGAUCUCGAGCCGGAGGUACUCAUAAAAGUGCCACCAGAUCUAAUUCUAUCUCUCCUGAGGGUGGAAAUCCAUGCAAAAUCUGACAAGUGCUUGAGGGAGGCCUUAGAGGCAGUUGGGGAUUUUGGAAAGAGAUCUAGAGGCGCGAUAUUGAUAUUCCUGCUGCUCUUAAUCACGCAUACAAGCGUAGAAAAGGGGGAUCAUGUGGGGAUAUCCUCGCCUUGGACGGAGUAUAUCAAAUUUCUCCCGGAAGCCUAUGAGCUACCUACAUUCUAUACGCUAGCAGAACGUGAACUACUGAGAGGAACCUCACUGGAACCUGCUCUAGACACAAAGAUGCAGUCAUUAGCACGGGAAUUUGACCACUUACGGGAUAGUACGUUCAACAUUCCAUGGUGUCAGAGAGACUGGUGGCAUCCAGAGACCGGACAGAUUGGUUUUGAGGAUUGGAAGAUAGUCGACGCAAUGUAUAGAUCUCGCGCAAUGGAUUUGCCAGGAACGGGUAAUGCAAUGGUACCUUGCAUUGAUAUGGCAAAUCAUGCGGCUGGGGAUAAGACUAUAGCACGGUAUGAAACCGACCACGAAGGGAAUGCUGUUCUACAGCUGCAGUGGGGUCAGAGACUGAGUGAGGGGGAGGAAGUCACAAUCACAUAUGGGGACAGCAAGGGGGCAUCGGAAAUGAUAUUUUCCUACGGCUUUAUAGAUCAGGGUGUGAAUAGCGCUCAACAACUCUUCCUCGAUCUAGAUAUCCCUGAUGACGACCCACUUAAGCCACCUAAAAGGGCCGUAUGCGAGGACGGUCCUGGGGUUCGUAUUUGUGAUGCGGGAGACGGGCGGGACGAAAAGACGACUUGGCAUAGUGACUUUGUCUGGUGGGUUUGUGUCAACGAGGAAGACGGGUUGGAAUUCCGGGUGUUGCAGUUAAAUGACGGUGGAAAAGAGCUACGGGUAUUUUGGAAAAACGAGGAAAUAACAAGGUCGCGCAAGUUAGGCGAUUUCCUGGCGGAGGACCCGAGAUGGGAUAUAUUCCAGUUGCGUGCGGUGGUGACUAUCCAGGAGCGCGUUGCUAACCAGCUUUCCCUUCUGCAAGCAAGUAAUGAGUAUGUCAGGGGUUUGGCAGACAAGGUAGAUGAUUCGCUUAUUCGAAGGUCUGUUUGGGAUACGGUUAUGAAGCUUCGAUCCCUUGAAGAGAACCUUCUGACGAGAAGCAACAACGAUCUAGAUAAGAAGAAACUAGAGUUGCUGGAGUCGAAAACCGUUCAAGCGUAUCUGAACUCACAGGGUCCCGUUGAGGCCACUGAAGAUUUUUCCUGA